AUGGCCCCUCUCCGAUUCCUUGCAACACCCCUCCUCCUCUCCUGCACCCUGCUCAUCUCAACCGUCACCGCGAUCGGUGAUUUCCCUUGUGCGAAUACGGCGGAUUCGCAAUCGUGCGCCAAGUGGAGCGUCGAUGUCGACCGGCAGGGGAAUAUCUCGGCAACGGCGAAAUGCGUGCCUGGUGCGUACUUGGUGGGAAGGAUGGGAAGGAGAAGAGAAUGGUCUUGCUGGAAGGGGUCGAGGUGCUGAUGAUGUGGGUACGACGUAUCAUUCCCCAUAGAUCCGUUGAACCCUUCGGUUUCCUACUGCGGAUACGCUCGAGCCGGAUGCCGAAAAGACGCCGACUGCGACUAUGGUAGGUCUUCCGAUGGCAUUUUACAUAGUUCAGCGCAUAGAAGUGGGACUGAUGCAGUCCCAUUCUCCAAUUGACAGGUACCUGCGGUAAAUCCGGCACCUGCCAGGGAUUCCUCGGCGACCCUUGUCCCAACGGCAACUCGGACUGCCAAGCCUUCUUCUUCUGCGGUACCGAUGGCUUGUGCGGUGGUCAGGGAGCGUGAGUGAUGAGUGAUGAGUGAUGAGUGCCGGGACAAGCGCGAAGGUGAAGGAGUGGAGAAGCAAUCUGAUCACUGGGUGCUUUCACUUUUGGUCCUGCAGAGCUUGCGCGAACGGCGAUCCUACCUACCCGAUCCCUUCGCCGAACUUGCAGUGCAUGAGUCGUCAGUCUUUUUUCCUCCUUCUUCAGGGCCGCAAAUUCAUUCCCCCAUCGUCCGGUGUUCUGAACAAAAACGACCUCUCCUUUUACACCAUGAUUGACAACUUUAGAGCGCUGCGUCAACAAAAUGUGCAACGCCGUGCGACGACAAGGUGUCGGAAUCGGCGGCGCGUGCGUCAAGAACUCGGCUUGCGAAUCGGGUAAGGUCGACCUCCUUUUUCUCCUCUAGCCCCUUGGCCCCGCAACUCAUUCCUUGCCUCUUCUGUUCCUCCAACAGGCUACUGUAGCGAGACUACCCUGUUGUGCGCGUGCUUCCCGACGUCUGGAAUACAAUGCUCGAGCACCAAGGCGAAACGAUCUUACGACUCGGACUCGAGCGAUCUUUGCGCUCAAGGACAGACGGCUUGCCCGACCCCUUUCGCGGGCGACUUGGUGCCUGACGUGAGUGAACAACCUUCCGCUGAGUUGUUUUCCUUCGGUAUUGUGUCUCUGACGACUUGGAGCUUAUCCUCGUCUAGUGCGUCGACACCUCGAGCGAUUUGGAGAACUGCGGAGGGUGCACGACCAAGGGUCAAGGGCAGGACUGCACCUCCAUCCGCGGCGCUUCGAGCGUCGAGUGCCAGAGUGGUCGCUGUGUUGUUCGUGAGUAACCCAAGAACAGAUUCGAUCGAAAGAAGAAGCUGGGAUCAAUUGAUUAACUAGUGAUCUCUUCGCUCGCUCGUCUAGUUUCUUGCGACGCCGGGUUGCACGUCAACCUCUCCGGAACAGGAUGCAUCGUAUGA